GUUGUCGUGUUGGUGUGCUGGUGUGUUAUCGUGAUAAACAAAACAUCUGUGUAACAUUAAUUAUAUCCAACACGAUAAUAUUUUCGCUUUGUUUUUUUUUUUUUUUUUUUGAUAACAUCAUUCUCUUGGAGAGAAUAAAUCCUAAUGGUCCUAUUCGAAAGUGUACGUUUUGAAUAAUAUCGUAGACAUACUUUUUAGAUAGUCGACCAAAUUGUCCCGAAUUCAUUCCUGUUUGGUCUACUUUCGAACAUAAUUAUCUACCGUUCAAAACAAUAAUUAUUUAUUAAAUAUCAAGUAAAUUUAAUUUUAUAUUUUAUAUUUCCUAAUUGAACAAUGUUUGCCCGUGUCACAUUUUAUCCGACACUUUUAUACAAUGUGUUCAUGGAAAAAGUAACACAGCGCAACUGGUAUGAUCGAAUUGAUGAAAAUGUUAUUUUGGGUGCACUUCCUUUUAGGAAUAUAAGUCAAAAAUUAAUUGAUGAAGAAAAUGUCAGAUGUGUAAUAUCAAUGAAUGAAUCAUAUGAAUUAGAACAUUUUACACCUCAACCAGAUGAAUGGAAAAAAAUGGGAGUAGAACAUUGUCAGCUAAGUACUAAAGACAUUUUUGAAACUCCGUCACAUGAAAAAUUAAUUCAAGGUGUUUCAGUGAUGGAAGCAGUUUCAAGAGAUGGUAAUACUGUCUAUGUACAUUGCAAAGCAGGUCGUACUCGUAGUGCGACUCUUGUGGGCUGUUAUUUGAUGUCUAAACAUAAUUGGACUCCCGAACAAGCAAUUGAAAAUAUUGUAUCCAAGCGACCUCAUAUAUGGUUGCGAAAUCAACAAUUAGAGAGUCUGAAAAAGUAUUAUGAUGAUAUUAUCCACUGAACAGACACCAUCAGAAGUCAUUAAAAACAACUUUUUUUUUCGUUAUUGAUUACGGCCGAUUAGGAAUAUUAACAACGCUCGCACCUAUAUAAGUAAUGCAACCAACUAAAUAAUGGUAUUCCCAAGAAGAUUAAUCGCUUAUAGACGGGAGCCCCAAUAUGCACAAGACCUGCGCUGCGCUGCUCCUGUCGUCAUCGCAUAAACCAGAAACCGCUCCUAAAAAAUAAAAUGGAAAUUUGGUACCAGCUAUACUUAUCUAUAGUACGAGCAUAAUAUAAGGGUUUUGGAAAAGGAAACGAAUCUUAGUUUAAGUCUUACAUUGGGACCAGAUUUUCUUGUUUUUUUUUUUUUAUACUUUCUAUUUUAUACGUCUGUAUUUUUUUUUUAUCAUUACCAUUAUGUAUUAGAAACACUUAUCUAUGUGCAGCUCAACUGAAAUAAGAAAUAUAUAGCUGAAAAAUUUUCAACGAAAAUAACAU